AUGUUACGCGAAAAAGACGAUCAAGCACGGAAGCAGCGACUGGAGCUGGAGUUUACUUUCCACUCGAAACAAAGUCAAGUUAAACACACGACUGACAGCAGCUCCGUCGAUGAAAUUUCUCGGUUAAUCGAGACGAUUGACAUGUUAAAUCUUCAAUUGGACCAAUCAAAUCGAGACAAGGAACAAGUGAAGAAACAACUCGUGCACUCGCAACAAACAGAGCUCAAGAAACUCCACGAAAAGUACCAACUUGACAUUGAAACUUUACGGCUAAGUGAACAUUCCGCCAAGGAACAAGUAGAGAGUUUACAGAUGCAAAUGUUGAGUCUCCAAAGUCAAGCACAAGUGGCCACUACGCAAGCGAAAAACGCCAAAGCUUCUCUAGAAGAGUUAACCAAGAACAAAGUGCUCGUUCUAGAAGACAAGAACCAACGUCUUGAGCGUCAAGUAGCAGCUUUGAAGCUCCAGCAACGCAGCCAAGGGCAAACAUCCGGGAGUGUAACAUUGGUAACAUCGUCGUCUGUCGCAAAGCAUGACGUGGAGGCGAUGGAGAAGCAUCUGAACAACAAGAUUGAGUACUUGAAAGCCCAACUGUCGUCGGAGAUGAAGUGUAAAGAAGAACUGGGAACACACCUCGCUCAAAUCACCAACGCUAUGGAACAAAUGAAAGUUGACAAGCGCCAAGCGCUAGCGGAACAAGAAGAAGCUUUCAAGAAACAAUCCGAGCGGAUCGAAACUGCUUUUUCUCAAGAAAAAGAGCUUUUAACAACGCAACAAGCGGCGUUACAAGGUAAAGUAGUGACGUUACAAGCGAAUGUUACCGAUCUCGUGCAAGAGCUGACAAUGUGGAAAAGCAGAGAAGCCAACGCCAAGCUUGCGAUGGAGAAAAUGGUCGAAGAGAAUGUUCGAUUGACUCGGCAACUUGUGGACGCUGAGGGUCAAGUUGAAGCGCUUCAAGAAGAACGUAAACAAGACGCUGCAAAUGUAGGCUCUAUGAGUGUAACAAACGCCAGUGAAGAGACCAAACGCAUGCAAAUGGAGGCAUUGUUACGUCGUCUUGACAAUGAACGGCAGUAUCUAAAGAGUCAACUGGAAGAUCAGCAAGAAAUGAAGGAGAAGAGUCAGAGAAAAGUUACAGAUCUUCAAUACGAGCUUCAAGAAGUGAAAGACGCCAUGGAAGACGCUUUACGACUCAGCGAGCAGAAGAUCAGUACAUUGACGACUGAAAAUCGCAACCAAGAGCUCGAGUUACGUGGCACUAUCGAGUGUCUGGAAGAGGGGAAAAUGUUACUAACUCGACAGCUAAAAGACGUGCAAAAUAAAUUCUCAGAGGCUCGAGAACAGUCGCUACUUGAACGUGACGAGAUUGACAAAUCCAGGAUCGAAGUCAGCGAAAUGAGAGCGCAGUUACUGGCAGCAAAGGAAGACAAUGUGAAGGAGCAAAGUUACGCGAAAAAUGCGAGUGAGAGAAUGUCAAAAUCUUUGGCUGCAGUGAAAAAUUCGCUGAAAGUGAUGGAAGACGAGAAGAACAUGUUGAUCCAGCGUCUCGAAGACGAGAAUGCGCUGUAUAUGGGUAAACUAGCGGCUGUUCAAGGCGAGAUGCUGGUGCUCGAAGAAAAACUCGAGAAGGACAAAAUUUGCGCUAGGAAGGAGAAAAAGUUGGCAAAUUUUGCAUUAGUGCUUCGUGAGAAAUUUGCGUUAUGGAAGUUACGAAAGGAGUAUCGUGCCUUUUCCCAAGUAAAGUUACACACUACUUUGGUGCGUCUGCAAGCGAGUCAAGAGCGAAGAAGAGCUGAAGAACUGGAGAGGCUGGAGGAGCGAUUACGCGACGAUUACAUGGCGAAAUGUGACGAAAUGACGCAGACACUUCAUGAUGAACGUCUCGAGGCUAUUCGAAGGAUGAAGGAGGAACAUGAUAAAGAUCGGGAAGAGCUGAACGAAUUUUACGUUCAAGAAAAGUAUCAGCUACAAGAAGACCUCACAGCAGUCCACACGGCGCAGAUGCAGCAGAUGAAGGAGAAGUUUGACAAUUUUUCCAAAUCUGUCGAAUCUGAUGUACAAAACACCAUUCAGGAUCUGCAGAACGAGAAAAACAAGCUCCAACAGAGCCACAUUCAAUUAUCUGAGGAGCUAGCCGCAAUGACGCAGAAGUGCGAAGUGAUAGCGAGUACUUUCGAAGACGAACUGGCAGCUUUAAAAGAGGAAUGGAAGAGCAGAGAAGAAGAUUGGGAAGAUGAACGAGAAGGUCUUCAAUCAUCGAUUCAAACGCAACGAGAACAAUCCGACGAGAAGCUGAGAUUGGAGAGGAGUAAACUUGUGUCGGGUCAUGAAAAAGAGCUGGAAAUUUUGCAGAAACGACAUGAAGUGGACACAACUGAGCGCGCCAAAGAAUUUACUGCUCAAGUCACGAUGCUGCGUGAAGAAUACAGUCAGAAAUAUGCGGAAUUUCACAAGACAGAGGUCUCAGCUAUGGCAACCAGGCAUCAAAAUGAGCUGGAGAGCGAGAUUAGUGCAGUGACGCAGCGAUACCAGCAGGACAUGGAUACUCUUCGUGAAGACCAUAGUAGAGCUCUUCAUGACGCAAUGACGCAAGCUAAACUCGAGGCGAAUGGACGACUGGAAGCGAUGCAAAAGGAGAUGAACGAGCGUAAAGGAACCGCAGUUGUCAAGUGUACGUCCAAGUGGCAACGAGCCAUGGAGGAGCUGCAGAACCGACAGCAAGUGGAGAAGAAGAUGACGUACAACCAAGGUCUUUACGAUCGAGAGAAGGAAUGGCAACAAGCUGCAGUGCAGAUCAAGGAACGACAGCGUGAAGAACUUGACAAAGUCCAGCAAGAGGCAAUGGCAGCGAUUCGAGCUGCGGAGGAACGGCACGAGAUGAAAUUUCGAGCUCAACUUGCUGAACUGAAAAUUCAACUUGAAACGCAACAUUCACAAGAACUUGAAAAAUUGUCGGAAGACAUCACGACACGUGAACGAGAACGAGCUCAAGAGCAUUUCGACGCUAACGUGGAAGUGAUGGAGCAAGAACUGGCUGCCAAGUGGACGGAGCAACUUGAAGAACAGAAAGCGGAGCUUGAACGCAAAUUUGACGAUGAAAAAUCACGAUUAAAUGCGAUAUUUGCCGAGGAGAAAGAGACUGCGCUACGCCAACUGCAAGAAGCUCACGAAGAGCAACGCCUACAGUUGGAUAAAGCAUGGGGCGAAAAGCUCGAGAAUCUUGUUGCAACCACUGCAACUUCUCAUGAAAAACAACUUGAAUCGCUUUAUGAAAAUCACGAUCGUGAAAAAGAAAAUUUGUCAAAUCAGCUCCAAUCGCAAUUUUCGCAACAGUUGGAGGAACAAUUACGAGAUCAAGAGGCCAGACUGCUCCGGGAACAAGAAGACGCUAUCGCUCAAGUGCAGGAAGACUCAGAGAAGUUGAUUGAGCAGGUAGAACGAGCCAUGACCGAGUUGAAGAAACAAAAAGAGCAUUUAGAGACUGAGCUUGGGUCGCUCCGCUCUGCGCUCGAAGAAGCUGAAGAUGCCCAAUUCGACGCCCAAGAGAGCCUUAAGAAACAGCAGAAACAAGCAGCGCUUCACGUUCUUCAUCUGGUUAUGCGUGCGAUGAGAAAAAUCAACGAGGAAGUUCAGGCAAAGCAAAUAUUGCAAAACGACAUUGAAAUUAAGGUGAAUCGUCUGGAAACCGAAAAAUCUGAUGAAAAAUCACGUUGGGAAGAGCUGAUGAGUAAAAUUUGUGAAACUUGGUCACAAGUGCAAGCUCAACACGGCGAGAUGAGUCAAACGCUGACGAACUAUAAACGAGACGAGCUAGUGGCACACCGGAACUCCAGUGCUAUAUUAUCCAACGAAAUUUCGAUUGUAAUGAAACAAUUAGAAGAAGUGGAAGAGAUGAAAAUCACAUUAGAGCGGGACGUAAAUUCGCUCCAAGCUGAAGCGCAGACCAUCGAAGCUUCACUCCGAGACCUCAUGUUGCAGUCUGGUAACAAUGGAUCGUUGAAUAUGGCGGUGGUAGCCAAGAAACGUCGACUGAACGAAGAGUUUGAAGCUCUUUUGGAACGUAUUGAGAAAAAGAAGGCGGAAAUUCGAAAUGUUGACCAAACGCUGGCGUCACUUCGAGCCAGACGCGAAGAGAAGGAGCACGAAAUGCGAGCCAUGGAGCGCAAACUAGUCGAGAUUUUGGUGCAGCAGCAGAAGCAAAUGUUGCAGCUAGUCUCCGCUGUACGAGAAGUGUCACUUCCCAUUAUUGCCAGCUGA